AUGACGCCUGUGCUCUCCAUCAUCUUAUAUUGGUGAGAAUCACAAAGGCCCAGCUAUUGAUUAAAAGGAGUUAGAAAGCUUUUGCAUGAGGUUUCUGAAAUAAAGGAGCUGGAAAGAAGGACAGUUAGUUGGUGGAAGCUAGAUGUCUGUGAGAGAGGGUUGGCGAUGGUCUGAAAUGAAGAGCUGGGGUGGCAAGUUGGGCAAUCUUAAGCCAACCUGGAGAAUUUCACAUAAAUCAGAUGCUUGAAGGACGAGGAUACUGGAAGUGAAAAUAUGCUCCAGAGCAGAUCCAUUGCAAUCAAACCUGCUGCAUCUGGAAUUGAGGGUGGAGAGUGCAGCUGAAUAGGACACAGCCGUGGGGAGCCUGAGGAAGGACCAUUCACUUUGGGCCUGCCCAUUAAAAGCAAGUCUAGAGUGAGAGACUCAGGUGAUGCCUGCUGUUUCCAUGAACCCUUCUCGUUGUGAGACUUUUGUGGGUUAGCUGAGAGUUUCUUGGGCCCUGGGAGAGAGCCCGGAGGCUGAGAGGGAUGAUGAAUGUGUGUGUGUGUGUGUGUGUGUGUGUGUAUGUGCGCGCGCAAAUUUGUAUCAAUGUAACAUUUUUAUAUGUAACUGUAUUUUUGUAAUAUUUUGUUUGAGUUGUUUGUUGUUGCUUCAGUUUUCUGUACACUGCUUAGACAUAUUUUUAAUAUAUUAAGUGGGAUAGAGAUUAAAUAACACUGGUCAACAACAAAUUUGUUGUCUGCGUUUUUUCAGUUGAUUUAGGAUGAAUUUGAUGCGCUGAAUCCAAAAAUCACAUUGGUUUUGCUCAAUCAGGUCAAGUUUUUGAGCUAUGGCCACAUGUCAUUUUUUUACAUUUUUGUUCACAUGUACGCUUGUGUGGAGCAUUUUAGAAGAAGUUGGUGGGGUAAAAUGCCAUGUCGAAUAAUUGUUUUGAUUGGAAAUGAUUAUUUUAAUGACAAGAAGUAUUCAGGUCCGAUAGUUCUGGGUGAUUAUGUCGAAAAGGGAUCAGUUUGAAGUCAUAAAACCUCGAAAUCUUCCAUAAAUUGGUGCGGCAAAGCAUAAAGUUAUUUUGGCAUUAAACUUGGUGACCAGGAUAAAGCUUGGGUGCCACACAUGGUGUGCAAGGCAUGCACAGAGACUCUGCGUGGGUGGGCCAAUGGCAAGAGGAGUCUGAACUUUGGAAUUCCCAUGGUUUGGAGGGAGCCGACAAACCAUGUCACUGACUGCUACUUCUGCGCUGUUGAUGUGACUGGGAUCAACAGAAAGAACCGGAGCAGCCUCAAGUAUCCUGAUCUUCAAUCAGAACGUCGUCCUGUAGUUCAUUGUGAUGAAAUUCCAGUGCCUAUCUUCGGAGAACUUCCUGACAUUAGUGACGAAGACGCCUCCAGUGUUGAAGGACAUGAAGAAGAAGAAGAAGAAGUGGUUCUUGAAGAUGAUGCUCCACAUCCAUUUUCCCAAAAGGAGUUGAAUGAUCUAGUUCGUGACCUCAGCUUGUCAAAAGACUCUGCUGAACUAUUGGCAUCCAGAUUGAAGGAAAAAAACCUCCUCUCUGACAGUGCUUGCAUCAGCUUCUUCCUCAACAGGCAUCAAGAGUACCUCCGUUUUUUCUCGGAAGAGAAGGACUUGGUGUACUGUGCAGAUAUUGUGCAGCUUCUGCUCAAGCUUGGAGUGCCACAGUACGAACCCAAAGAUUGGAGACUGUUCAUUAACAGCAGCAAGUGAUCACUGAAAUGUGUUCUGUUACACAACGGCAACCAGUUUGCCUCUAUACCCCUGGCUCACUCGAGUACACUGAAGGAGAACUAUGAAGCGGUGAAGUAUGUGCUGGAGAAAAUUGGUUAUGAUCAGCAUAAGUGGUUUAUUUGUGUUGAACUGAAGAUGGUGAACUUUUUGUUGGGACAACAGUCUGGCUUCACCAAGUACCCAUGUUUUCUGUGCAUGUGGGAUAGUAGGGACCAUGCUUAGCAUUACACAAAGAAGGACUGGCCUGUGCAGGAGGAAUUGGUGCCUUGCAAAGAAAGGAACGUCAUCAACGACCCUCUGGUUGACAGAGACAGAAUACUCUUCCCACUGCUGCACAUAAAGCUCAGCUUAAUCAAGCAGUUCACCAAGGCUCUGGACAAGGAUGGUGACUGCUUCACUUACUUGUGCCAGGCUUUUCCAGGAUUGACCAUGGAGAAGUUGAGAGCUGGCAUCUUUGAUGGUCCUCAGAUCCGUCAGCUCAUCAGAGAUCCAGAGUUCGGAAACUCAAUGAACAAAGUGGAACUGGAAGCGUGGAAGGCAUUUGUUCUGGUAGUGAAGAACUUUCUUGGUAACAAUAAGGCCAGAAACUACACAGAACUUGUCAACAACAUGCUGACUGCUUUCAGAAACCUGGGCUGCAACAUGAGCGUCAAGAUGCACUACCUAUUUUCACAUAUGGACCGGUUUCCUGAGAACCUGGGCUCAAUGAUUGACGAGCAGGGGGAGAGAUUCCAUCAGGACAUGAAAGAGAUGGAGACCAGGUAUCAGGGUCGCUGGGACGCAGUUGCUGGCUGACUACUGUUGGACUCUGAAGAGAGACCUCCCUGCCGCUGAGCAUUCCAGGAGUUCCAAGAAACGGAAGUUCAAGCCCUGAAGUUUGAAAAAUGGUGAAGCAACAUGCAAUUUACGUGUACUUACCUUUAUCAAUGCCCACCAUUCAGUUUGCAGUAAUCAAUGUUUCUAUCAGGUAAUCAAUAUAUGUUGUUGGAAAAACAUUUUUUUCUCUUAAAAACAUAUUUAGGAUGAUAUGUGUUGACAAAAAUCAGCUGAUAAUGCCACAAAAAUGUAAUCGAUUUUGUCACAAGAUCUGAUUUUUUUCAAAUCAACAUAGCACAAAAACCUGACCUGAUGGAGAGAAACGGAUGCCAUUUCCUGAUUCAGCAGUGCAAAAAUACCCUAAAUCAGUUGUAGAAAUCUAGACAACUUUCAAAAAGUAAAAAAUUGUUGCCCAGUGUAAUCGAUCAAUCAGUCAGUCAGUGGGCUUACAUUUGGGAUUAGUAACUUGAGCCCAUUGUUUUUGAUGGGUCUGCUGUGAGUAUGACUUUAUUAGAUAGGGCUCUGUUUGUGUUUUUGGGAGGGUGAUUGGAGAAGUGGGUGCUGUGGUCUGGUAAAGAGCUUGCUGCAAGGCCUGCUUAGUAAUUCUUUUUUCUUUUUUCAGGCUUCUCUCUUAUUCAGGAGGAAAUGGAUUUGAAAAGUAAGAACUUGUCAUUGCUGAAUAGCUACUAUUUAAGCACCACAGAUUUUCCAUAUAUGAGUGGAAGCUGUGGCCCUCCAGAUCUCCAGAUUCUGGAAGAGUGGGUUUGCACCACAGCUUCUUUUCACAUACAGUAGUGAUAUUUGCGGUACUCAUUGCUUAACCGUUCUUGACGCAGCAGGUAACGAAAUCACUACUCUGAUUGCUUUGUCAUGUGCCCAUUUUGUUGGCUGAGAAACCAAGCUCCAACCCCAGCUUGCUGCAAGGUUAAGAAGAGAUUUAAGCUUUAAACCUAAGCAAGGUUAUAAAUCUCCCUGUGGUUUUGGACAAAUGCUGGCAUAUAUACUGAACUCUAAUUGUAGCAACUGCUGCCGCUGCUACUCUUAAUAAUCAGGCUGCUUCUUCCGCUGUGCUAUAUUUUCCUAAGUGCAUAGUAUGUCCUAUGUCAUUCUAUGAAAAGUGGUAUAUAAAUCAGCCCAAAGACUGAUUGUUCUUUCCUGAAUCAUCUCUACCCAGAGUAUAUAGAAUUAUUAAACAUGAUUUCCCAUUGUAAAAGCAGAUUUUGGGGUGUGAGGCACAAGCUCCCUACUCAUUUUAUAGAGCAGGGGGGAGGGUGUCCAUUAUUAUCUUGCGACCUUAAUAUUUAAACUUUUAGUUGUGUUAUAAUGAGAGAUUUAUAAAGUUAUCUUUCAGCUAAUUUGUUUAAAUGGACUAACACACACAUCAUAUAAUAGACUACAGAGUGUCCUAGAAAGCCUCUGAUUUUUGGCAUUGUUAUUAUUCUGGCCUCUUUUGGUCUGAGUGUUUAAUGCUCUCUGAUGGCUGGAGUCAUUUGUUCUGAUUCAGUGGUAAUGACUGGGUUUUCCUGAGGGGAAGCUGCAGGAGAAGCAGAAGUUUGGCUGAGCCUUGACUCUCAACAUUCUUCUUCUUUGGCAAUCACUCGUAGACUAGUGAACAUACCUAGCCCUCACUGCGUUGUUUUUCAGGUGACUUUCCCCACAGAGGUUUUAAGAAGUUUAUCAGUGGCUUGAUUUUAGCCCCAUUUAUUUCAGCACUCAGCACAUGAGUUUGCUGUUAGAGGGUAUGAUGAUAAUGGCGAGACUUUAUAAAGGAACCAGAGGUAAACUGUUUGCAGCUCUUCAGAUGAACAGUCAUGGUAUGUGUAGACAUGAAAGGAACAAACCCAAAACAGAUAUUUUAUGCGAUGGCAGGGGCUCUAAACCAAGAGAAACAUAGACAUUCUGAAAAACAUGUAUCAUAUUAAAUUGCUUCUAUUUUGAUUCCAUUUAUUCUUGGAAGAAUUCUCUUGGAUCCUUGGACUGAAAUAGGCCCACAAAUGAGAUAUCUUCUACAGUGUCUCCCUUGCUAACAUGCAAUUUUCUUGUUUUCUUAAUCCAGGGAGACCUUGCCCAUUCUCCACAGCUCUACAACUGUGAAUUCCCCUUUGGUAGCCUCCCUUGGAGGAAAUGUCACAAUCAUCUGUGACAAUCCUUAUAAUCUGGCAAUGAACAUCUCUUUGGUGAAAGAUGGAAUUGUCAGAAUCUCCAGAAGUUACACCAGCACAAAGCUUACUUUCCUCAUCACUAAUGUGAGCAGAAUGGAUGGAGGGAUGUACACUUGUCAGAAUGUUUUUUCUGAUAGGAGUAGUCCAGAGGAAGAACCCAGGGAUUUCACCCUCCUGAUAAGAGGUAAGAACUCUAAGUUCAACUCAGCAUCUCAGAAGAGCAUCCCGGGGCAAUGGGGACCUCAUUUGCAAGUUUCAGACCCUGAUUCGAUGUGUUGACCAAUGGAGAUAACAUCUUAAAUUAUGGACUUCCGGGGUGGCGCCAUCGGCAAUGGCGGACUCCCUCUGAAUUGGAGGGACUAGCUCCGCGCGAAACGGGUCUUCUCUGCUACGGCGAAGCGGGGACCCUUUUAAAAAUCACAGGCGGAUGAAGCCUGUGACCAUGGGACUCGGCGGGCACCCUUAGCACCCCCCCAACCCGCAAAUGAACCCACUAACGGGCUCCGAAGCGAAGAGGGGGAAGUGGCGCGGUGCUGUGAGUCAACUGCUAUUUCCGUGGAGCGAAGCCGCACAGCUGUUGCCGGAGAGCGCUGCCUUUUUCCUGGGACAAAUUGGCUUCUAAAAUAAGCACCCGUGAGUACUUAAACUUUGAACAAUUGGACUUUAAAUAAGGACUUGCGAGCAGAAAGGAACUGGACUUAAAAAUUUUACUUCAAUUUGGUACUGAAACGGGAAGGUCUAAACAGGAAGUCAGCCUUCCGUUUCUUUGUAGACAGAAUAAAGCAAAGACAACGUAAACUAGAGCUCAGAAAAUCGCCUCUAAAGGAUUGGCUUUCAUCAUUUAAAAUUGUUGAACCCCCCUUCGGCAGCAGGAGAAGAAGGGGGAGCUUUUCUGGACUGUUUAAACCUGCAGAAGUGAGUUUAAAGUAAGUAACUUUCCACCGUCCUGAUCCUGGAGCGGGGUGUCAGGACUGACGUUUGAAGCUCAUUGACCAGAAACAAGCGCUUUUGACAGAUAGCUAAAAGAAGAGGAACAUAGUGAUUCCAUUGUUUCCUUUCGCACCUUAAAGGAACAAAUAUUGACAAAAUAUCUGAAACAAGGAAACUCUGUUGCUAGACUUGUCUUUAAAAGAAAGAUUAAACAGAAGUUUUCCCCUAGAGGGAGACUGCAGAAACUGUAACCAACUCCUGGGAGCUGGCACCUGUUACAGAUUACAAUCGUGGGAAUAGACAUCUGACCUUCAGGACAAUGUAUUCAGAAGCUCUGUUGUGUGCUUUCUAUAAAACAAAUGCCCUACUGGAACAGUUACAUGAGAAGACGAAUUUGAUGGCUGAUUCGAUUAGAAAUUUUGAACAGGCAGUGGGAAAAUAUGUGGCGCCCACCCAGGAAUUAAAUCAGGAGUGUGUCUUGACAGAACAGGCCCUACAGGAAUAUGAGCUUUCGGAUUUGACAAAUGAACUUGGAAAAAGCCAGAUUUGGAAAGAAAAAGUUUGGUUCGGUUUGGAAAUGGGGGGUUGGAUAGACUCUCCUAUGAAAUUGGACUUUUCAAGUCUGGCAAUGGGCCGUGAGAUGUUUGGGAUUGUGGGGGCUCUCAAUUUUGGAGGGAUUCUGAAACAUGUUUUUAAAUACCACAUGGAAUUUAGUGUUGAUUAUGGAAAAGGGGCUGAUCUGUCAAGAAGGGUCAAAAAUAUUGCCAAGUUGGAGUUCACACGAGUGAAAGGAGCAGGAGACAAAGGAAAAUACAGUUAUAAAUAUGAAGAAGAGCUGCGGAAGGGACAUGGAAUGGACUUAAGGGCCUCGGAUAUAAGAUUACCAGGUUAAUGCGCCAGACUGAUGGGAUAAUAAGGACUGACAAAACCCGGGACCAGGAGGAAGGGACGCUGGAUGAAGAUUGGAUUUGUUUUUAUUUCUUUUUUUCACUACUAGGACUGUUUUAUAAAAUUGAUGAAUGUUAGAAAAAUGUUGGAAUGAAAUUACUUGGCUUUAGUAAAAAUGUUUAAAGAAUUACGUAAGAAUAAUAUGGUUAUGAGAAGUUGGUAAAAAUAAGAUUUAAGUUUUAAGUCUCAAGGUUUUUUUAAUAGUAAGAUAAGAUUAAAAUAGUUUAAGGUAAUGUAAUGACAGAAUAUUAUGAAAUAUGGAAAGGAUUUGCUGUGACAAUUAACAAACAGGAUACAAGGAAGGGGAGGAGGAGGAGGUCAAGGAAAGAGGGUAAUGACGGUUGAGGAGUUGAGAAUAAUGGAUUUGUUUUUAAAUGUUUUUAAAUGUUUGUGGUGUAUUUUUGUUUUUUUUUCUUUCCUAUUCUGAAUUUGUAUAUGUAUGGUUUGUUUUUCUCUUUUUCUACUUUGUUUUUCUUUUGUAACUUUAAACCCCCCCCCCCCAAUAAAUAUCAUUUUAAAAAAACAACACAUCUUAAAUUAUGGUGUUGCUGAAGUGCAGUAACACCACCCCAACCCAUAUUUUGCAUAUGUGGCUGGGAGCAACCUAUCUCAUUAAGAAAGGAUUAUAGGACAUUGGAGCUACACUACAAAGAAUAUUCAAAUGAGUGUUGUCUAUUUUCAGUGUACUUAAAUGUAGCCCAACGGAUUAUUAUUAUUAUUAAUAAUAAUAAUUAAUAAUUAUUAUUAAUAUUAUUAUUAAUAAUAAUUAAUUAUUAUUAUUAUUAUUAUUAUUAAUAAUAAUAAUAAUAAUAAAUUAUUUAUUUACUGAGCACAGCAGGCAAGCUAACCUGGACAUCAUUGGUUUUCACCUUAGCAAAUGAGAGAAGUGGGAGAAGGAAGAGUGAGUCAAAGAAUAUUGUUCUAGGAGGGCAAGUAUCGUAUUUACUCGAAUGUAAUGCACCAUUGAAUCUAAUGCGCACCUUAAUUUGACAAAAAAGUGCGCAUUACCUUCAAGUAAAUAUGGUAAGUGGGGAAACUAUAAGAAGAUGGCUAUCUGGUGGGAAGAAAGGUAUGCUGGCAAUAGAGAUGGGCAAAGUGUGAAUGUGUCCGGAAGCAAUGUCAUUUUGGUUGCAAACCUUCCUUCUUAAGGGCCUUCAAUGUCUCUUCUCUUCCUUUGCUCAGAUCCCAGCUUCCCCAAACCAGUCCUCUCUCUGGAACCUAUGGAAGAAAUCACCAUUGGACAGAGAGUCACUAUGCAUUGUGGAACUCAAGGAGAAGUGAAAAGGUCUUAUUCUGCAAAAGGAUGA